AAUAUUUUAUGUUUAAUAUUCUAUUCAGUGACAACAUGGAUUUAAAACUAGUUUUUAUUUGUUUGAGUUUUACAACUGUGCAAUGUCACGCUGGGGGAUAUGGAACGAAUGAUAAUUACAAUCCAUUUGUUCCUCAAAAUGGAUAUGAUUGGGACACAGACGCAUUAUUGACGGACUUUCCCACGAUUAGCUUACCUGAUAUUCCCAACCUUCUUGAUGAUCUCACAGAUACUGCGGACAUGAUUACAGGAGAAUUGAAAACAAUAAAAACCUGUAUACCACCAAUCCAAUUUGGACUUGUUGUCACCCCAUUCAAAAGAUCGUAUGAUGACGGAGAAAAGAUCACGCUUUCUUGCAAGGAAGGUUAUGAGCUUGCUGGAGUUCAAAACACCUCAACUUGUAAAGGUUAUGCAUUCCUACAGGAUUACGGUACAUUCAUGCCAGCUGUGGGUCCCACUACGUGCAUCAAAAUUCCAAAAUGCACUGCAUUAAUACAAGAGGGUCUGGUGGUUGAGCCAUUCAAAAUGUUUUACGAAAUCGGAGAAACUAUUUCAAUAUCUUGUAUGGAAGGUUAUACACUAGCAGAGGAAGAAGUACUUACUUGCAGUAGAGAUAAAAAUGAUUAUUACUCUCAAAUGAUGUAUUAUUCAUUUUCUGGUGGAGCGAAAUUUUUAUUGAAAGGAAUGCAGGCUUGCCAAAGAAUUAGAGACUGCCCAUUACCAAUUUACAGCGGACUUAUUGUUGAACCAUUUCAACCAUUUUAUAAGAAAGGUGAAGAAAUAACCUUGUCAUGUGCCGAAGGAUACGACUUGGUAGCCUCAAACAAGAGCAAGUGUGACGAGACUGGGGCCUUUGACAUGCAAAUUGACUCAGGAGUUGAAGUGUCACCUGUUGGUUAUUUCAGCAUUUCGCGUUCUACUAUACCGUGCAAAAAAAAAGUCACUUGCAGACCACCUUUCCAUCAGGGGAUGGAGGUAACUCCCUCAAAGUCUUCAUACUUCGCCGGAGAAACCAUUACUAUUUUGUGCAAAACUGGUUACGAGAUGACGGGGCCGAGCACAACAACUUGUACAGAAAUAAACGCUGAUUUUUUUGAUAUUUUGGACAGCAAUCCAGUUGGAGAUUUCCGACCAGCAAUAUACUACAACACAUGCAAAAGACUCCCAAGAUGUUUUUCACCAUUGAGAAAGGGAAUGGAAAUUGUACCUAAACAGACAUACUAUGAAUUGGGCGAGAUCAUCACAAUAUCUUGCUCUGAGGGAUUCGAGCUUACUAGUGACGUCACAACCAGAACAUGCACGAAAAAUGGAUUCAUAGAAUACCACAGAAUUGCUACAGCCGGAUUCAAACCCUCCAUUGAAACCUCCAUCUGCAGAAAGAAGCCUAGCUGCAGAGCACCAAUACAACUAGGCAUCGUUUUGAGCCCCAAAAAGAGAGCAUACGACGUUGGCGAGGUAGUAGAAAUAUCGUGUGCUGAAGGCUACGAACUCAAAAGAACUAAUCAAAGUCUCUGCAAAGCCAGUACAUCUAUGGAAUGGAACCUCGAUGGAGCACAAUUCGGAGAAUUUUCACCACAAAUUGACAGCAAAGUCUGUGAGAAAAUCCGAUCUUGUCGUCCACCAGUACGAGAAGGUCUCACAAUUGAGCCGAAUAAAGGAUAUUACAGAAUAGGAGAAAAGAUAUCACUUUCGUGUGAAGAUGGGUAUGAACUCAGAGUUGCUCCAAUGAGCACUUGCAGAAGUUCUGGAUCAUUUUUCAGUAAACUGUCUAAAGAAGGAAAAUUUGAUCCUCAGAUCACGUGGGACGCCUGUAGAAAGCCAACUGUCUGCGAGUUACCUAAAGAGGACAACUUGAUUGUAACACCUCUCAAAGAAACGUAUCAUGAAGGCGAAGAGAUAGUUUUGUCAUGCGCUCGGGGUUAUAGUCUGAUAUCUCUAAAAUCGAUGAUGUGCGGAAGAGCUGCAUUUUGUCGAGGAAAGGAAGGUGUUACUGGCUGCUUUUUCCCUGGAGUUUCUAAAGGAAUUUGCAAAGAAAAGCCCAAGUGUUCCGUGCCAAAUAAGGAAAAGGGGCUGGUAUUAACUCCGAUGAAGGAAACUUACUAUGAAGGAGAAGAAGUCACACUUUCAUGCAAAGAAGGUUAUGAGCUUAUAGGCCCGUCUACAAGCAAGUGCAAGGCAAACAGUAUCGAUCUCUCAAACUACAGUAUGUUCAUUAGCUAUUCGCUCAACGCCGGAAAAAAUACAUUUUCACCUGCAAUAAGGAAUCCAUGCAAAAAAAUAUUUGAUCCACAAAACGGAAUGACGACAGAAGAUGAAGAAGAGUACGAGCCGGAGACUGAGGUGGAAAACGGAAUGGCGGAAGAUGAGACAUACGAAGUGCCAGAAGCGGAAACAGAGAAUGAAAGUGAAAUUGAAACAGAAGGCGACGAUGAAGACGCAGCAGAUACAGUAAGUGAAGAAGAUUGGCCGGUGGAGUAUCCUGGAGGUGAAGAGAAGACUGAAGAACUACCACCAAAUGUUAAAAAUGGCUUGGAAAAAGAAGCUGUUUUUAUUAUGGAGCCUUAAAAUAACGUGUUGUCAUUUUAAAGUUGUUCGUAAAAUGAUUUAAGUUUACCCAUCAUCCAUAAUCCAUGCUUAACAUUAAAACAUCGAGGUCCACGAUUACUCAAUACCAUUUGAUUUGUUAAAUAACCAUCGCGGAUUCCAUUACAAGAAAUUGCGUAUUCGAAAAAUGGGUCAUAGAUAAAAAUAUGCUUUAUAUUUGGCCUAAUCAAAUAUGGAAUCUCUUGUGAUAUUCCAAAUUAGAGUAUUAUUUCAAAUUCUUUUUCCAGUGCUUUGAAAUUGGCGUAUCGAUAGUGUAUUAGCCAAGCUUACCAUAUUAUUUGGAUAAAAUUACAAGCCUAAGGGCAUACGCAUGCAAAGAUAUGCUGUUAGCAAAAUAAAACAAAUCACUGCACU